CCGCCGAGGCUGUGCACCGCAGACGGCGCGAGGGGGAGCGAGCGAGCGGGCGCGGCCGGGUUCCGCAGCCCUGGCGCCCGCCGCCGCCCGCAGCCCCGCAAUAUGCCUCCGUGGCUCCCUGGCUCUUCGCCAUGGCGAGGCUCUGCCGGCGCGUCCCCUGCGCCCUGCUCCUCGGCCUGGCCGCGGUGCUGCUGAAGGCGCGGCUGGUCCCCGCGGCCGCUAGAGCCGAACUCAGCCGCUCCGACCUCAGCCUCAUCCAGCAACAGCAGCAGCAGCAGCAGCAAGAGCAAAAGCAGCGCGAGGAGGCGGAGGAGGAGAGGCCGGAGGUGCCUGGGGCAUCCUCUACUUUGGCAGCUCCAGUGUCUGUUUUUAUGCUGAAAGUCCAGGUCAAUGACAUCAUCAGUCGCCAGUACCUGAGUCAAGCAGUUGUGGAGGUGUUUGUUAACUACUCGAAGACAAAUUCUACAGUAACCAGGAGCAAUGGAGCAGUAUUGAUAAAAGUACCCUAUCAAUUAGGACUUAGCUUAACCAUCAUUGCUUACAAAGAUGGCUAUGUCUUGACACCUCUGCCUUGGAAAACAGGAAGGAUGCCAAUAUAUUCUUCAGUUACACUUUCGCUGUUCCCGCAAAGCCAAGCAAAUAUAUGGCUCUUUGAAGACACUGUUUUGAUUACUGGAAAAUUAGCUGAUGCCAAAUCUCAACCAAGUGUUCAGUUUUCAAAAGCCUUCAUUAAACUUCCUGCCAACCAUCACAUUAGCAACGUGACUGGCUAUCUAACGGUUCUACAGCAGUUUUUAAAGGGAGACAAUUUUCUGUAUGCGACUGGAGUCACUUACAAAUCAGGUUUGGAAAACAUUGAGUUGACUCCUAUUGCUGCAAUAUGUGUGAAAAUAUAUUCUGGAGGAAAAGAAUUAAAGGUGGAUGGCUCCAUCCAUGUUUCUCUUCCUCUCCUACAUACAAGUAAUGUAAACAUAGGAGAUCGGAUACCUGCUUGGACGUUUGAUAUGAACAUAGGUGCUUGGGUGCAUCAUGGCUGGGGAACAGUCAAGGAGCAUAACAGUCAUUUGAUUUGGACCUAUGAUGCACCACAUUUGGGCUACUGGAUAGCAGCUCCAUCCGUAGUCACUAUAGGUUCUGGUAUAAAUGAUGAUUUCCGGGACAUCACUGCCUACCACACAGUGUUCCUUACAGCCAUACUAGGGGGAACGAUUGUCAUCAUCAUUGGGUUUUUUGCUGUACUGCUUUGUUAUUGCAGGGGGAAGUGUGGAAGGCCACAGAAAAGAGAAAGAAAUAUCACUAGGCUUGAGAUCCUCAAGAGAGAUCAGACAACAUCAACAACACACAUAAAUCAUAUCAGUUCAGUCAAAGUUGCAUUAAAAGCUGAAGAUAAACCACAGUUGUUUAGCGCCAAAACGUCCUCCUACAGUCCCCAGAAAAAGGAAACCACAAAGACGGAGGCAGAAGAAAGAAUUUCCAUGGUGAAAACUCGGGACAACUUUAAAAUCUACAAUGAAGAUGUUUCCUUUCUGUCGGUCAAUCACAAUAAUUAUUCAAGAAACCCAGCACAGUCUUUGGAGCCAAGCAUAGGGAGCAAACAGCCUAAGCAUAUUAACAACAAUCUCUCUCCGUCGCUAGGCGAUGCUCCAGAGGAAAAGAGGUAUCUUACAGGGACCGAAGAGGUCUAUGGGCGGUCCCACAUUCCAGAGCAGCUGAUGCAUAUCUACAGCCAGCCUAUCGCCAUCCUUCAGACGUCUGACCUCUUCUCCAUGCCAGAGCAGCUACAUGCUGCUAAGUCUGCCACUUUACCAAGAAAGGGACAAUUAGUCUAUGGCCAACUGAUGGAACCAGUGAACAGAGAGAACUUCACACAAACAUUGCCCAAAAUGCCAAUGCAUUCUCAUGCCCAGGCCCCAGAUGCCAGAGAAGAAGACAUUGUGCUUGAAGGUCAGCAGAGCUUGCCGUCCCAGACCUCAGAUUGGAGCCGAUACUCCAACAGCUUGUUGGAGUCUGUGUCUGUUCCUGGCACUCUAAAUGAAGCUGUUGUGAUGACCCCCUUUUCGUCGGAACUGCAAGGAAUUUCAGAGCAGACCCUCCUAGAGCUGUCCAAAGGCAAGCCCUGUCCGCAUCCUAGGGCUUGGUUUGUGUCUCUUGAUGGAAAGCCUGUGGCCCAAGUGAGACACUCCUUUAUAGACCUGAAAAAAGGCAAGAGAACCCAGAGCAAUGAUACGAGUCUAGACUCCGGGGUGGAUAUGAACGAGCAUCAGUCAAGCAGAAAGCUGGAGAGGGAGAAAACGUUCAUCAAGAGCAUGCAUCAGCCCAAGAUCCUUUACCUGGAAGAUUUAGACCUGAGCAGCAGCGAGAGUGGGACCACCGUCUGCUCCCCCGAGGAUCCUGCGUUGAGGCACAUCUUAGAUGGUGGGAGUGCGGUUAUUAUCGAGCACCCCAGGGAAGAGUCUCCAGGAAGGAAAAGCACUGUGGAAGAUUUUGAAGCCAACACAUCUCCCACUAAAAAAAGAGGCCGGCCACCGCCACUAGCCAAAAGAGAUAGCAAGACUAACAUCUGGAAGAAACGAGAGGAACGCCCACUGAUUCCUAUAAACUAACUGCGAGAGCCGUGUACAGCCGCGUAUCUCUGUAGUCUCACGGUGUGUGUUCCUGCUUCUUAUAAAUUGCAGUGUGAACUUCUUAGGAAGCUGAGACUGAGCAAUCCCAUGGGCCAUAGACACAUCUCAAGCAAAGCGAUGGCAAAAUAAUAAUUCAAAAAUCAGAAAUUGCUUUCUCUGGCUUGUUCUUUUCUUUCAUGGGGGGUGGUGAUGAAGUUAUCACAAUGUAAAAUAAUGUAAAGAUGUUAUCUGAAAAUGUUGCUCAAUUUGCCAGUUGGUACUGGCUCUUAAGACUACAGCUGUGAAAUGUGUACUACAGUUGCUUUCCAAAAUCUGGCCUCUGCCUUGGUCUUAGAAAGGCAGGUGUCUUCUUCAGGCCUCAUCCUUGUGCAGUGUGACUGUGAUGCCCUUCCCUGCCUAUGCUUAAAAACAGCCUGAUAAAUGUUUGUGUGGAUAUUAAAGACCAAACAGCAUUCUCUUACCUAAGGUUAAUGGCUUGUGCAUUGUCACCGCCAAAGUAAAUCCUGUGCUCCUAUAACAUGGGCAGGAAGUCCCCCCCCCCCAGUUCAUUAGAGAAGGAGACCCAAUUCUGGUUAUUUGGGGAUAUAGGUUUAUAGAGUAAAUAAGGGAUUGAUUUGUUAUGUAGAAAUUUGAGAAAUGAAAACUCUGAUAUUGUCUUUUUAUUUCGAAUGGAGUGACCUUAGUUGUCAGCUGAGACGAGGCUUUGACUUUAAGGUUCACAAAUCCCUAAAGGCUGAAGUUGGUUUUUAAUAUUUUUCUGUCAUCUCCCCCAUUCAAAUUCAGUCAUUUAGAGACUAUCAAAUUUGAUUUAAAAAUGCAAAAAUUUCUCUAGAAUGCCGAAAAAUGAAUAGGCUGUGGAGACAAGAGGAAAUGAAUAUUCUGUGUAAUUGGGCAGGAAAAGAAAGACCAAUUUUCUGAUAUUCAAAAAAAAUACCUCCAGGCUUUGAGUUACGUUGCUAAAUGUUGACACUUUGAAACAAUGUUGGAGAAGAACAGUCUGGGAUUCCAGGGGAGGAGCUCCCUGUCUCCUGUGCCCUGCAGCCUUAUGUGUCAGUGUCAGGUGUUCACUACUGUUCUCUCAGCAUGAACUCAGGAGGUGUUUUCAAUUACAGGUCCUCCACUCUUCUCAACACCAAGAGCUCUCUUAUACAAUGAACCAUUCUGUUUUACUUAAAUUUUUUUUUUUAAUGAGGACACAUUUGGGCAGCAUUUCCCUCUUUUCUUUUGAUGGGGCAACAUGGUUCUGCUCACCCCCUACCAUAUCAGCAAAUUCAAGCCACCUAAAUAAGUUUGAGGAAACUAAAGCAGACACCAAAGCUUUGUAAAAUGGUAGAUAGCUAGACAGUGGAAGUCAGCAGCUUUUCUCCCCGAGACAGCAGACUUCAGCCAGGUUUUGCUAUAAUCACUUCUGAAAUAUCUGUCUUCACUCCCUUGGUUUUCUGUAUGUAACCUAAAGAAUGCAAAGACCAUUGCCUAUGUUUCUUGUAUAUUACCCCUCUCCAUACGUGUUUGGAUAACACAUAGGCUUACUACUGGGGGUAGAGUGAUACGGCUCACUUUAAGAGGAGGUUUUUAUUGGUUCUACACAGAAAUCGAUCACAUGCAGCAUGAACACGAAGGAGAACGACUUGGAAACGUUUAAGGAGUUAGUGCUCUGUGGAAGUGCCUUUGACUCAGACUUGUGUUAGGAGGACUAAUAACAUCUUUCUUCUGUGUACAUUUUGUUAGCCAAAUUAAACAGAUGUGCAGUUAUUAAGAGAUACGGACCUAGUGUUUCACGUUGGAACAAGGAAUUUUGCAUGUGACAUUUUCUUUCGCGUGUUGUUUUUCGAAUCCACAAGAUAUUGAUAAAUUGCUUCUAUUGGAAUGAGGUUAGGAACAAAAUCUAAAAUGCUGCACCCGCUCAACACUCAAGUGUAUAUCCUCACCUUUAAAAAGGUUUCAUGCCUCAACUGGGCAAUGAAAUACACAUAUAAACAUGUGAGUAUUUGGCUCAAGUAUGCCAGUGACUUCGCUCAUUCUUAUCUAAGGGAAAUGACAUGAGGUAUCCUAAGGGCUUUUAUAGAAUUUUAAUUUCACAAAAUACUUUUUAAAAAAAAAACACUGCAAUGCUGUUUUUGAUUGGGAAUGUUAGGCAGUUUAUCUUUCCUAAUCAGAGGAAUGUGACUUCUCAUUUGUGAGCUGUUCACAAUUCCAGGUAAAAAGCUGAAGCCAUCUCCUUUUUCUUAACCCAAGUGAUAAACCAACACUACUCACUACUUUCUUAAAUUUUUAAAUUGAAAGCCGAUGUGGACUUUUGCAUAUGUAAACUAGAGAAUUUUGGUUACAAACUGUUGACAUUUGUGGAUCCUUUGUACAUAGUUUGGAUAUAUCUUGAAGGCAGGCUAUCAAUUAACCGAUGGAGUCAUUUACUAAAUGAAGCACAGUUAUGUGCAGUUUUGAAUACACAUGACCUUGAAACUUUAUAAAACCCAUUUUUAUGACUUUCUGCAGUUGAAUAGGGAUCAUGCCCUUUUAUAAUUCACAAUAUGCCACAAAGAUCACAAACACUGAGGAAUAGCAGCUCUGCUUUGCCUUGGCAAUUACUGUCAGGCCAGUUUCUAUUGAUUUGAAUCCUCCACUAUCAAUAUCCAUUAUAGGGUUUUAGACAUCUGGGGUGGUCAAAUACUGUCCUUCGAAGCUUCCCAGAAAGGUAAAACUCAAAACUCCAUAUUUAUUUCUAUGGCUUGAGUUACCCUUUGUUGUGUGCGGACAUCAUAAAGAGGUCUACUUGGUUGCGACUUUAGAUCUGCCCUCUUGUUCCCAGGUCUUUCCCUUUUUUUUUUUUUUUUUCCUUUGUCUUCUUUCAUCAGAGAAAUCUCAUGUUUUGGUGUAUUUAUUGCUGUUACUGUAUUUCUUGAACAGUCUGAAGAUUUGUAAAACGUUAUAAACAGUUCUUUAAGGAUAAUAAAAUCAAUCUAAAUGUGUA